AUGGCUGGAGGAAGGAACAAUACAAUAGUCAUCAGAUUCAUUCUUUUAGGAUUCUCAGAUUAGCCCAAGCUCAAGAUUGUUCUCUUUGCAGUAUUUUUGGGUUCUUACUUCCUGACAGUGGCCUGGAACCUGGGCCUCAUCAUCCUAAUUAGGAUGGACUCUUACCUACAUACACCCAUGUACUUCUUCCUCAGCAACUUAUCCUUCUUAGAUUUUUGCUAUGUUACCUCCACAACCCCCAAAAUCUCAGACUUCUUCCAGAAGCCUAAAUCCAUCUCCUUUUGGGGAUGCACCAUACAGUACUUCUUCUUCUCUAGCCUGGGUCUGACUGAGUGCUGUCUCCUGGCAGCCAUGGCUUAUGACCGAUAUGCUGCCAUUUGUAAUCCUCUGCUCUAUACUGCCACCAUGUCGCCCACCCUCUGUGUCCAGAUGACGGUUGGAGCCUAUAUAACUGGUCUCUUUGGUUCAUUGGUCCAACUGUGUGCCUUACUUCAGUUCAAUUUCUGUGGGCCAAAUAUUAUCAACCACUUCUUCUGUGAUCUGCCUCAAUUAUUAGUCCUAUCCUGCUCUGAAACCUUUUUCCUAAAAGUCAUGAAAUUUGUGAUAGCAGUGAUUUUUGGUGUGAUAUCUGUCUUUGUCAUCAUGAUAUCUUAUGGUUAUAUCGUUGCCACCAUCCUGAAGAUCAGCUCCGUUGAAGGUAGGUCCAAGGCUUUCAAUACCUGUACUUCUCACCUGACAGCAGUGAUCUGUUUUUUUGGAUCAGGACUCUUUGUCUAUAUGCACCCCAGCACAGAUAAUUCUCUGGGCCAUGACAAGAUGGCAUCAGUCUUCUAUACAAUGGUUAUCCCCAUGUUGAAUCCUUUGAUUUACAGUCUAAGGAACAAGGAAAUCAAAGAUGCCAUUAAAAGGUGUAAGAAGAAAGCAUUUUCCCAUUGUCACUGUUAA